AUGCAAAAAAGUAAAACAUUUUUAAAUUGUGGACAAUAUUCACUCAAACUUGAAAUUGGAAAUACACGAUUGUGGGAUAAAUACGAAGGCGGAAGUAAGAGUGGCAAACAGUCAGCUAAAGAAAUACAAACUGUGCUCACAUUCGUCCGUAUUGAAGGUGAAAGUCGAAAAUUAGGUUAUUUCCACCUCACAACCUUGUGCGUUCAUCAGAUGCCAAUUAUUAAAACUGCCCUCUCAUGGACUAUAAUUCCUUUUUUUCUCUCAUCCUCUGGAAUACUUAUAUGUUUCGCAUUAUUUGCAUUGUUUCAAAUUUCUCGACUUCAACAACUUCUCCACGCGAUUAGUUUCUUCAUUUCAUUUGCGAAGAAUGUGAGGGAAUUAAAUAAAAUUUUAGAAGUUUUGAACAGUUAUGCACAAUGUGGAGUGCGAGCAAGUGGGGACGAGGAUUUUGAGAAUAUUGAAGAACAUAAUCAGUUUUCUACAGUAGAAGAGGAAUUUGUUUUUCAGAGGACAUAUUACGACUUUUGA